UUUUUUGUCAAAAAUAAUGACGAACCAAAAAAGAAGUUAGAGGUCCGUAAGAAAGAUAAUAUUAGCAUGGCAUUCAUAAGCCAACGCCAAAAAAUAGAAGAGAAUUCUGGGCUCAGAAACUACGAUUUCUGAACUCAGAUUCUCUCUCUAUUUCUCAAUGGCUUCUACUUAUAAUGUUUUCCCUCCUGGACUUCUCUUCCACCAACAGCAACCCAAUUCUAGGCCUUUCAAGGAUUUUCCACACUUACCAACCACUGGAUCAAGGCAUGAUGCAUUAAGAUCAAGCAUCAUUUCGCUGACACCGUAUGAGCAUGAUGAUCUGUUUAAGUCAAUGAGUGGGUUAGAUGGAUAUAGCCAAUUCGUCAGGGCUGCCCCUAUCAGAAGAAUGUCUAUGCCUGGCGAUGCACAAGAUAAGCAAGCUGAUUAUGAUCUCUUCAACCUAGAAGAACAAUGGAAAAUGCAUAAAGAGUUGUUGCCAUUUGUAAUGCCGGUAUCAAAUGAGUUGGAAAAGAAUUACCUGGACUCUUCGAUAUAUCCAGAUUUUAAGAUUCAAGCCACAAAUGCUGAUAUGCAUCUGCUGCACCUUGCAAAUUUUGACCCGGUCCGCAAUCUUUCUUCUUCGACUGUAUCAGUUCUUGCUGAUGGGCGAAUUUCUGCUGUUGGUAGUGUGACUGAUAUGAAGGAUCUAGUGUCUGUUAUAGAAGAAUUUAGAUAUACAAAGGAGUCAGCAUGGAGGAAGCAGGAGGUUGUACCGUAUUUUAGAUGGAAUGGUGCUGGCAAGUUGCAGGAUCGUACAUACAUGUCUCCUUCAAAGCUAAACUCCUUGACUGUUGCUCCCUCCAAGAGUCUUGAGAAAGUUAAACAAAAGCCCUCUUCAAAGAGGAAGAGCAAGAGAGCAGCGAUUCCCAAUAAGAUCAACUCUCUCCAGGCUUGUGAGAUGCUUUUAUCGAUCAUAGUGGACAAGAAGCGGAAUGGGAAGUCAGUGACGAGCUCAGUGAAAAAAGCUGGUCCUGCACUACCUCUGCUAUUAACUCAGGUCUCUGCCAGCAUCACAGGAACUGGACUUGCUGUCAUGUUCUCUGUGAUCCAUAAAGUAGCUUGUGGAAGCAUUCCAUUCUGUACAUCCAAUCUUCUUACUUCUGGGUUUGGUGUUGGACUUUUUUGGCUUUCUUGGGCGGUGAAUACAUUGAGAAACACAAUCAUAUACAUCGGCAAGAACUCUACAAAAUUAGAAUCUGAAGAAGAAAUGAUGGUGAGGAUGAACAAGAGUGUGAAUGACAUUUUCUUUCGUGCUGUUGCUUUGAUGGCAGUAUUAAUUUUAAGAUUUGCCUGAUAGUGAUGAUGAUACAUGGAUUGGAAUCUGAACCUCGUGGCAUGAAGGUCCUAAAUCCACCUUAAUCUGAAAUUCUGAACUCUUGAUUUUAGUUACUGCUAUGAGAUUUUGUGGUUUUUCUUUUAGGUAAAUAUGCUUUCAGUGUCAUUCUGGCUGCUGGAGUGUUCAGAUCCGGCA